AUCAAAGAGGUGGACAGAGCCAAGCACGAGCUAGCGAGAUCCUUUUGGCACGUUCUAAAAUGUAUUCGCAUAUUUCUGUUAGGGAACACAUACUCUGUGUAGUGCUCUGUGAAUAACUCAAUUGAGACUUUGGCAAAGGGUAAAGUCUACAAAACUUAGUCCACUUUGUUCAUAACAGAUUCAGGUUUUGGGAACAGAACUGUAUUGAGAUCAAUGUUUAAUCGAUGAGAAAAUUAGCAGAAUGUCAGACAAAAUCUAUCUUGCUCCAUCUUCUCCCGCUGCCGACUACAGGGCUUCCUCAUCAUUUGGUGGCAUUAUCUACGAUGUCAUUGUGGAACCACCUAGUGUGGGUUCAAUGACCGAUGAACAUGGGCACCAGCGGCCAGUCGCCUUUUUGGCAUACAGAGUGAAUGGCCAAUACAUCAUGGAAGGGUUGGCCUCCAGUUUCCUCUUCACCAUGGGAGGCUUGGGCUUCAUAAUCCUGGAUCGCUCGAAUGCCCCAAACAUCCCUAAACUCAACCGCUUCCUCCUGUUGUUCAUUGGUUUUGUUAGUGUCCUGCUCAGCUUCUUCAUGGCCAGAGUGUUCAUGAGAAUGAAACUGCCUGGGUACCUCAUGGGUUGAAGAUGGACACAACACAUUACCAAGACGAAAACAGAAUGGUGGACUGACAAAGAUUUAAGCUUCAAUUGAUUUAAGACCUAUGAUAAUACAGAUAAAAAAUUGCAAAUGAAGAAUUGACUAACAUCCAUCCCUGGCAAUAAGCCUUUGACCAUGUUUGAGUGAUGUAUUAAGUGUCACAGGGUGCAUCUCAAUAGUCAAGAGACUUCCUAUCCUCGUCUCCUUUCCUUCCACUGCACUGAAUGGUGCGAUAGGAUAGCAAUACAGCCUGUAAGGGAAUUCUGUCUUCAGUUCAGUAAUGCAGAUGGCGAGAAGAUGUGGAGAUAAAGUCACUAUAGACUGUUGAGAUGCACCCAUUGGAAGGAGGGACACGUUUGUGCAUAAAUUUUUGUAACAAAGGGGUUGAAUACUUAUUGAAUCAAAACAUUUCAUCUUUUCAAUUUUAAUACAUUUUUAAACAUUUCAAAAACACUUUGACUUUGACAAACACAUAUUUUAUAUGCAAGAAAUGGAGUAAAAAAUCUGAAUGAGCAGUACAUUUGAGGGUUGUUGGGGUUAUCGAUAAGUAAUGUUUUGUAGACUAUGCUAUCUUCUUAAAUGCCUUCAAACAUGUCAAUGUUGUGUUUCAUUUAGGAACUGAAAUAAAUGUUAUUUCCAGAA